AGCAAUUGCUCAACGCCAAAGAUGUCGACGCGCACAAUGCUGAGCAGAAGCCUCCGACGGUCCAUCCUGGACACCCGAAUCCCAUCCUCUGCACUCCCACCGACAUUCCUCCUCCCCAGCCGCGCCCGAUACUUCAACUCCACACCACAACACGUCGAGUCACCACCAGACAGCUUCUCUCCCUCCACACCCGCCUCGUCUCCCAUCUCAGAAGCCCCGUCCCAAUUACCAAAACACACGCAACUCAGGCUCUCCAAGAUCCCGACUCCUCCCACACCACCCCCCAACCCGCUCGUCCUAUCAGCCCCUCUCAAAGACCUACUGCCCCUCCUCGCCGUCCAGCCCUCGCACUACAUCCGCGCCCACAUCCACGGGAAACCGUACCUGGCGACCGUCGGCGACACCGUGCGGCUCCCGUUCCACAUGCCGGGCGUGGUGCCGGGCGACGUGCUGCGGCUGAACCGCGCGUCGCUCCUCGGCUCGCGCGACUACACGCUCAAGGGCGCGCCGUGGGUGGAUGAGCGGGUCUUCGAGUGUCGGGCUAGGGUCUUGGGUACCGAGGCUGAGCCGAUGAGGUCCAAGGUGAAGACGAAGAGGAGGAAUAGGAGGGUGAAGACGGUGCGGAGUAAGCAUAAGUAUACGAUCUUGCGCGUGAGCGAGUUGAGGGUGAAGGGGUUGGAGGAGAUUGAGGGGUGAUUGUAUGACCGGGCACGUUGCUGGGGAUUGUAAAGGGGUGGGGUUGUAUGAUUGAGGGGAUACCUGGGUGCGGUUUGGAGGGGUGUAUUAUAUGGGGGACAACUAGAUAAGAUGACACGAAUAGAGGGACAUUGGCUUUGCACUGUACUGUACUUCUUACUGUGUUUCAAGGGGUGGUGUGAGUAAACUGGCAAAUCCUCUCUUUCUGCUACAGUAGCCAGUACGGUCAAGUGACCCGCCUCCCC